AAGGAAGAUGGCGGUGCUGGCCAAGAGCUUGAGAUGUGUGUUGAGACCGUUGCUGCCUUUGGUUCAGAUUUGGGACCUCGACGCGCGGCGCUGGGUCCGGGCACUUCGACGAAGUCCUGUGAAAGUAAUGUUUCCAUCCGGAGAGGUGCUGGAGCGGAGGCGUCUUCCCAGGAAACAGCCCCACGAGUUAGCGUCCGAGGCCAAGUCCCAGGGGCAGAAACCUAAACCACCGCCUAAGAUGUCCUCAUCCCAGACACCUCGUUCCUGGGAAGAGACAGGGCUGCGCUACGAUAAGGCCUAUCCCGGCGACAAGAGGCUGAGUAAUGUGAUGACAAUAGUUAAGUCCAGACCAUUUCGGGAAAAGCAUGGGAAGAUCCUGCUGGAAGGUCAUAGGCUGAUUGUCGAUGCUCUCAAGGCUGGAGCUGUGCCCAGCGUUUUCUUUUUUAGCCGUCUGGAAUACAUCAAGGAGUUGCCAGUCGAUAAGCUGAAGGGUGUCAGCCUCAUUAAGGUGAAAUUUGAGGAUAUCAAGGAUUGGUCCGAUGUAGUAGCACCACAAGGAAUAAUGGGGAUUUUUGCCAAACCUGACCAUGUUAAGAUGACAUAUCCAGAGUCACAGGUUCACAACUCACUGCCAUUAUUGUUGAUUUGUGACAAUCUCCGUGACCCUGGGAACCUGGGGACAAUUCUGAGAUCUGCAGCAGGGGCAGGCUGCAGCAAAGUAUUGCUUACAAAAGGCUGUGUGGAUGCCUGGGAGCCAAAAGUGCUGCGGGCAGGCAUGGGGGCCCAUUUCCAGGUACCCAUUAUCAACAAUCUAGAAUGGGAAACAGUGUCCAAUUACUUGCCCCCAGACACUCGAGUCUAUGUGGCAGACAACUGUGGGCUCUAUGCCCAGGCGCAAAUAUCUAAUAAAGCCAAUGACCACAACAAAGGGGCUGAUCGGCGAUUCCUGAAAUUUCACAAGUAUGAAGAUGUAGACACUGGAACUGACAAAGACUGGCUCCCUGAACUGGAGGUCCAGAAUUAUGACAUGGACUGGACAGAAGCUCCAGCAGCUGUGGUGAUAGGUGGGGAGACCCAUGGUGUGAGUCUGGAGUCUCUCCAGUUGGCUGAAAGCACGGGGGGCAAGAGGCUGCUGAUUCCCGUCGCACCUGGAGUGGAUAGCUUGAACUCAGCCAUGGCUGCGAGCAUCCUGCUUUUCGAGGCGAAAAGGCAGCUGCGGAUAAGGGCAGAACUCAUGAGUAGGAAUAGGAGUUUCCACUGAGAGGGGCUUAGAAGUUCUCAGAUAAAGGAUGCCUCCAUCCCCUGCUUCCCCAUAUGCCUGAGGAGGCCUGCAGAGUUAGAAACUGGCUUCCUGGGCCACGUAAGGGGUGGAGAGAUGGAGGCAUUGCUGCCAUUAUACAAUGAAUGGGAAAAUAAGAAUUUCUAGUAGUUUCUGCUUUUCCUCAUAAGAUCACAUUUUUAAAAUUUUUUUUAUUUUUUGUGUGCUGGUACUGGGGCUUGAACUCAGGGCUUUUGACUUGUGAUUUGGCUUGGCUUCCUUGACCAAGGUUUGUGUUCUACCAUUUGUACCAUACCUCUACUUCUCUUAUGACAAUGGAAGAAAGAGUCUGAUAGACCCAAACUGGCUUUGAAACCUCAAUCUUAGAUCUCAGCCUUUUGAAUAGCUAGGAUUAUAGGUGUCGUGAGCUAUCAGUGACUGGCAGAAUUCUUAAGAUCUUCAUUUCCUCCAAUUUGGGGGUUAGGCUGUGUGUGUGUGUGCGUGCACACACACUAGAGGUGAUUUACAUAGCUAUGUGCCAGUUUAAUUUUGUCUAUUUGGAUUAAUUGGGGUGUGUGGUUCAACUGGUAGAGCACCUGCCUAGCAAGUGUAAGUCUCUGUUCAAACCCCAGUAUCCCCCCUCAAAAAAUUGUCUUAUUAAGGCUGGGGACAUAGCUCAAUUACAGCUGUGUGAAUCUCUAUGUUGUAUUACUAGCACCUGAGGAUGAGGAACAUUUGCCCAGAAAGUUCCUUAAGGUACUACCCUUAUAGAGUAAUGGUCAUCUUGGACCAGCUGGUUGGGGUGUAUUUUGGAUGAAGAAGUACUGGUUAUAGGUUAGCUGAGUUACCAUGUCUGAUCAUUGACCAAUGAGAAAUAAACUCCUGGGAAGUAUGGAACCAGCAGAUUGUAUUAAAAAUCAGAUUGUAUUAAAAAUGUUUCAUUUAA